AUGGCCGAAAUCCAAUCUCCCAAAGGCGUUGUAAACGUUGGUACUCGCAAGUCCCCUCUUGCUCUUGCCCAAACCCAAAUCGUCGUCGACGCUUUGAAGCAACGAUUCCCCGAUCAUGAUUUCCCUAUCCACAGCAUGACGACCACCGGCGAUCGCGACCAGAACACAGCCCUUUACAACUUUGGCGGCAAGGGCUUGUGGACAUCUCAGCUCGAGGAGAGACUCGUCAACAGGGAACUCGACAUCGUCGUCCAUUCGCUCAAGGAUAUGCCGACUGUUCUCCCCGAAGGUUGCGUGCUCGGAUGUGUCACGUCCCGCGAGGACCCGAGAGAUACACUGGUGAUCAAGAAGGAAUUGCAGGACAAGCACGGUUGGAAGACCCUUGCUGAUCUGCCGGCUGGAAGCAUCAUCGGUACAAGCAGUGUACGCCGCAUUGCGCAGCUGGUUCGACGCUACCCGACACUCAAGUUCAAGGACCACCGAGGCAACAUUCAGACUCGACUACGAAAGCUCGAGGAGGACCCCGACCUGACGGGAAUUAUCUUGGCAGCGGCAGGUCUGCAGCGAAUGGACCUUGGUCACCAUAUCACACAAUUCCUCGAGUCCGAAAACGGAGGUAUCCUAUACGCUGUUGGUCAGGGUGCGCUGGGAGUUGAAUGCCGAGGUGAUGACGAAAAGGUUCUCGGGUUCCUCAAGACCAUCGAAAACGAGCAAACAGCGCUGGCGUGUGAGGCAGAGAGAGCUCUCAUGAGAGCGCUGGAAGGCGGUUGCAGUGUUCCCAUUGGUGUCGAGACAAAGUGGAUCGACGACAAGUUACGAAUGAAGGCUACAGUUGUUUCCCUCCGAGGUGACGAGGGCGUCGAUUGUGAGAUAUCAGAAGCCAUCAAGACGCACGACGAGGCGGACAAGUUUGGAAAAAAGGUGGCAGAGACGUUGGUGGAACAAGGAGCGCAAAGGAUUUUGGAUGCCAUCAACGAGACCCGACAGGUGCCGGAGACAGUCAAAUGA